CAGAGAGAGGAGAGGACCAGAGCAGAGGGAGGAAGGAGAGGAGGAGGAAGAAGAGGAGACAAGAGGGGAGGAGAGGAGGGAGAGGAGUAAACACACUCCAGAUGGGAUCUUGGCAUUAAUGAAAUGGGAGGCAUGAAGUAUGAGCUCCAUUGAUCUCUGCAGGAGAAAACAAUAGGCUCAAGUGGCUGAAAUCAUGAGCGCCCCGACGUCAGGAACCCCAAACAUGGAGGUGAAGGUGGGCUACCAGGAGAUGGCACUGCUUAGCAACAUCCUGGCAGCGUACACCUUCAUUGCAGACCAACCCGAGAGGACAGCCUUGGUGUUUCUGGGCAGUGUGUGUGUCGGCCUUCUCCUCACACUCUGCGCCAUCGUCUUCCAGAUACACUGUCGAGCAGACUGUCACAUCGGCAACAGUAAGCACCAUCGCCACAGGACCAGGCAUCAUCCUCAUCCUCAUCAUCUUCAUCAUCGACAUCGCAGCUGCCCCCUCCAUCCGGCCAUUGAAAACAAUCCAGACAGCACUGCUGUUGUUCCGGUCAGAGGCCCCGGGCCCACCGGCGACAGCGAAUCAGAGGACUGGGAUGAGACGUCUGACCUGUCGGCACGGAGACGAAGACGCUUUGAGAGAGCUCUGCUGAACGCCACCAUGUUUACAUCAGCCGAGGAUCUGGACCGGACCCAGAGGCUAGAAGAGCGGGAACGGAUUCUCAGAGAGAUCUGGAUGAACGGACAACCAGACAUCAGUACAGUCACUCAAAGCCUCAACAGAUAUUACUGACGCACAAUUAAACAGGAUGAUAGUCAGAGGAAUAUACAGACAGGCUGGCAGGCAGAUGGAUGAAGAGAAAACAAUUAAAAGAAAUACACUGGAUGGAAUCAACAUAAACCACCAAAGAGACUCUUACAGAUCCAACUAUUAGUGACAGUAGAGCUGGGAGCUUCCCCUCUGCUCUGUAAACAGCAGGAAAACAUAUGAGCUGUGAUCUUACAUAUAGUCUGUGAUCUUACAUAUAGUCUGUGAUCUUACAUAUAGUCUGUGAGCUGUGACGUCUCAGCCUCCAAUGCAGGAUGACACUGAAGUGUUGUGAAGAUUUAUGUCAACAAGCAAAGACACAACGGACCUACAGAGCACACACUGCGAUAUGUGACUGCUGUUGGUGAAGACUGUAGGGAUUUUAUCAUUUUUAAACAUUUUAAAGGUGCUUUUAAGAAAGAUAUAGCUGGUUCACAACGAGAGGCAAUGCUGCCACAGGUCCUGAGUGUGUGUUUUAUAAUCUAGAGCUGCAACUAUUGGAGGAUUGAAAAUAAUCGCCAAUUUUUAAAUAAUCCAUUGGUUAAAAUUCUGUUUUCAGCUUCUCAAAUAUGGAGAUUUCCUGUUCUUCUCUGUUUUAUAUAACAUUAGACUUACAUUACUUACAUACAUUGUUUUUUAUCUGACAUAACAAGACAUUUAAUGACCUCACCUUAGACCCCUAAUAAACUACAAUGCACAUUUUUCACAGUAUCGCACAUUUUAGCAUUUGAACAGACGAAGUGAUUAAUUAAUGAAUCUAGACAAAAAUGGGCAUUAAUAAUGAAAUUAAUUCUUAGUUGCAGCCUUAUUAAGAUAUAUUUGAUAUUAUGUUGUUGCACUUUUUUCAGCUUAUACUUGUUUUUGGGACGAAAGCUCAAUGCCAAGAUACACAAACAUACUGGUGCUUUUACUGCUGGAAAUCCUCAGAUAAGAGAAUACUAACAGGACGGACACUUAAUGGCUGUGUUGGUUGAUAACAUAUGUACGAUAUAACAUGACGGGACUGUUAGGUGCAUCUGAUACUGAUCAGCUGCAGUUGUUUUUGCACAUGGACUUGGAACAGCAGGUCAUCCUGUUUGGAUCAGCCUAUGCUUCUUGAUUUGUCUCAUUUUGAAAUUAGCUGAAUUUAUAAUAAACUGUCAUUCCGAGAAUUAAUGAAAGCUGUUUUCUGUACAUAUAAUUGAGUAAAGUCCCUCGUAACAUUUAAA